UCAAAUUUCCUAAAAAGUCUGUUGCAUUUCGCAGAGAGAGAGAAUGUCGGGGAAGGGAGCCAAGGGAUUGCUGACGGGUAAAACCCCAGCUUCAAAGGACAAAGAUAAGGACAAGGACAAGAAGAAGCCUAUCACUCGCUCCUCCCGCGCUGGUCUUCAGGCUUCCCUUCUCUCUCUAGCUCAUUUUCACCUAUCACACUUCAAUUCUACCCAUCGCUUCACUUUCUCAGCUCAAUUUCGGUUGAAUUGCGUGUUUGUGAGCUCAGCACUGACGUGGGUCGCCAAUUUCGUUUUCGCCUUUCAAUUCUACCUAACGCUUCAAUUUCUCUGCUCAAUUUGUGUUGAAUUGCGUUUUUGUGAGCUCAGCACUGACGUGGGUCGCCAAUUUGAAAAUAAAUUCCCGGUUGGGCGUAUUCACCGGCUUCUGAAGGCUCGAGCGACGGCCCAUGGCAGGGUGGGUGCAACAGCUGCAGUCUACUCAGCCGCCAUUCUAGAGUACUUAACUGCUGAAGUGUUGGAGCUGGCUGGGAACGCGAGCAAGGAUCUGAAAGUGAAGCGUAUCACACCACGGCAUCUGCAGCUGGCCAUACGUGGAGACGAGGAGCUCGACACCCUUAUCAAAGGAACCAUAGCUGGUGGUGGUGUGAUCCCACACAUCCACAAGUCCCUAAUCAACAAGUCGUCCAAGGAGUGAGUGUUGCUAGAUGUCCUUUUUUGGGGCUCCACAAAUUGCAACGGCGGUCGACCGGCUGAUCGUGGAGGUGGUUUUUAAGGUAUUAGGGCUAAAAGCUUAGUCUGUGUACAUUUUUUGUCCGAGUAUUUUGCUACAAUGUUUGUAGACAAGAAUGGUGUUCAUUGUUAUCUGUUUCGAGAGUUUUCUGUGAAA